AGGUCACUUAACAACCAAUGAAACAACAUGUUGUAAAACCAAUACAAUGGUCAAUCAGCCAAUCAGAUUUGACUUAUGGGCGGUGCUACUGUUGUUUUCUUCCGGGAUGCUGCUGUCACAAAAUGGCUUCCCUGGACAGAGUCAAAGUGCUCGUUUUAGGAGAUUCUGGGGUUGGCAAAUCUUCCCUGGUUCAUCUACUCUGUCAAAAUCAAGUAUUGGGGAAUCCAUCCUGGACUGUUGGUUGCUCCGUGGAUGUCCGGGUUCAUGACUAUAAAGAGGGAACCCCAGAGGAGAAAACCUACUAUACUGAACUGUGGGAUGUUGGAGGAUCUGUUGGCUGCGUCAGUAGUGUCAAAAGUACCAGAGCAGUUUUCUAUAAUUCAGUUAAUGGAAUUAUUUUGGUGCACGAUUUGACAAAUAAGAAGUCAUCUCAGAAUCUCUACCGUUGGUCUCUUGAAGCUUUGAACAGGGACUCAUCUCCAACAGGAGUCAUCGUUUCAAAUGGUGACUAUGAUAGAGAACAGUUUGCAGAGAACCCUGUGCCUCUGCUGCUUAUUGGCACUAAGUUCGACCAGAUACCAGACAACAAACGCAGUGACGUUCUGACCAGAACGGCCUUCCUUUCUGAAGACUUCAAUGCAGAAGAGAUCAACCUUGACUGCACUAACCCCAGAUACCUUGCAGCAGGCACGUCAAAUGCAGUGAAGUUGAGCAGGUUUUUUGAUAAGGUAAUUGAGAAGAGAUAUUUUACAAGGGAUCCUAGUCAGAUGACGGGCUUCACAGACAGAAAACGUUUCAACUUUAAAAGUUUGCACUACGACUGAUGAAACAUCAGACACACAAACUCUUUACACUUCUAACGUUCAAUACUCUCACAAUGGUAUCACUGUCUUUUCCCACAUUCCUCUUCAGUUCAAAUACAAAUUAAGAUCAAAUGAAACAGUGACCUAAUGACCUUGGACCUAGAUGACGUUCAAAAAUCAUAUUAUAGAAUGAAGGAAGAUGUCUACCUAGUUAUGUGCACAGGAAUUGCUUCAAAGGGAAAUCGCUGUUUGUUAUGUAAAUUGGAAACAUGUAUACAUAUAUGUUUAUCUCCAAACAUAUUUUGGAUUAAAAAUAAUUUGACUCGUGUCAGUUUUUAAAUGCAA